UGUGUGUGUGUGUGUGUGUGUGUGUGUGUGUGUGUGUGAGAUGGCCACUGCUACUCCUGGCUCUGUGGAGGCUCUGGUGGCGUUGCUGCACACACACCUGCUGGAGUGUAAGGUGUGUAUGGAGACGUUCAGCUCCGACGCCGACACACACCCCGACCGCCGUCCCAUGAGCCUCUACUGCGGCCACGUGCUGUGCGGCGAGUGUGUGCGACUACUGACCAAUCCUGGCCAGCCGCUGCACUGCCCCUUCUGCCGUCUCCCUGGAGACCCCGCACUCGUCUCCGCCUGCUGGCCACUCACGGACCUACAGGUGCUCCUGCAGGAUCAUGAGGAGCCCUUCACCAGCUCCGGCUCUCUGUCCCCCCCUGGUGUUGAGGAGUGGGAGUGCAGCAGCAGCGGUGGGGACAGCAGAGCGACGGCGAUGACGGCGCUGGAUGACGGGGCGCUGCGAUUGGUGCGUGCGUUCGGCGGCUGGGGCGCGCUGGCCAACCCCACGGGAAUGGCGCUGUUCCGCUCGGGGGCGCUGGCCGUGGUGCAUGAUGGGAAGGCGCGCGUGGCGGUGUUCGGCCCGCGGGGGCGCCGGCUGCACUCGUUCGGACGCAGGUGUGUGAGUGGCGGCUCUCGGACCGGACUCACACACACACACACACACACACACACACUCACUCACCCGCUGGGCGUGGCCGUGUUGCCCGGGGGACAGCUGGUCGUCACGGACGCGGGAGACUCCGCCCUGAAGGUGUUCACGUCGAGAGGCGGGGCCGUGGCGGAGGCGCGCGAUUGGCUGAGCGUGCCGUGGGGCGUGUGUGUGAGCGCGGACGGAGCCGUGCUGGUGGCGGACGACCAGCGGGGGGCGCUGGUGAGGGUCAGAGUGGACGCGGCCAGCGGGCAGAUCAGGGGGCAGGAAGUGCUACUGGAGGGGCUACAGAACCCUCGCGCUGUCGCCUGUUGCCCCCUCACAGGGCACAUCGCCCUGCUGGAGCACACACACACACGCACACACACACACACACACACCAGCGAGCACACGGGCUCUCCAGAGGACGCGCACACACACACCCCAACACACCCCCGCGUGGCGAGCAGCUGGCGUCUGAAGCUCUACGCCGAUGACCUCACCCUGCUGACCCAGCUGGACUCCCUCGGCCUCGGCCUCCGCACAGGAAGUCCCGCCUCCCCGCCGCUCUGCCUCACGGCCGUGACCUUUGACACGGCGGGAAAGCUGGUCGCCGCGGACGCGAGCGCCGCCACCGUGUGGAGCCUGGGCCGGCCGUGGCAGGAGCCACGAGUGACACACACACACACACACACACACUCACACACACACUCAGUGACCCUCACGCCGCUCGUCACACACGGACUCGUCCGCCCCGUCGGAUUGGCCGUCAGAGGAGACCUGCUGCUCGUGCUGGACAGUGGAGACCACUCCGUGAAGAUGUACUCACACACACACACACACACUCCGUGAAGAUGUACUCACACACACACACACACACCCAGUGAAGAUGUACUCACACACGCACACCCAGUGAAGAUGUACUCACACACACACACACAAACCUAGUGAAGAUGUACUCACACACACACACACACACACACAGUGAAGAUGUACUCACACACACACACACACACACACACACUCACACACCCAGUGAAGAUGUACUCACACACACACUCACACACCCAGUGAAGAUGUACUCACACACACACACACUCAGUGAAGAUGUACUCACACACACACACACACACUCAGUGAAGAUGUACUCACACACACACUCAGUGAAGAUGUACUCCAGCAGAGACCUAGAGAACCCACUGCGCCAUGAAGCACCAGAUUACAGCACCAGAUUACACCAGAUUAGAGCAGAUUACACCAGACUACACCAGACUACACCAGAUUACACCAGAUUAGAGCAGAUUACACCAGACUACACCAGAUUAGAGUAGAUUACACCAGACUACACCAGAUUACACCAGUUUAGAGUAGAUUACACCAGACUACAGUACCAGACUACACCAGACUACACCAGACUACAGCACCAGACUACACCAGAUUACACCAGACUACACCAGAUUACACCAGACUACACCAGAUUACACCAGACUACACCAGAUUACACCAGAUUACAGUGAGGCGAGGCUCUGAGUGGACCCGUCCAGGUGUGGUAGCCGUGGCAACCAGAUGAGGGACAGAACCGUCCCUGCUUGGUCACAUGUGCCGGGUCUGAGGUCCAGAACCGCCAGUCAACUGUGCAGUCCGGUUCCGUAACCCGAGUGCUCCGUGACCCGAGUGCUCCGUACUGCAUGAUGGGUAUUGAGGAGGAGUGGAAGGGAGCGUUCCACAGGAAGGAAUGUUCUAUACUGUGCUGUUCACAAGGGUGAUCAAUAAAACUGAGUGUGCAUCUAGUUGAUGUUUAAUGUGGGUUGAUGAUGUUUAUCAACAAGCUAAAAGUGCUUUUCUCAGAUCAGAAUGAAAAUUCUAUUAGUUCAAUCUUGUGCUCGUGGAGUUGAAUAAUAGUUUGCCAUUUGUGCACAUCAUAGCAAUUUCUCCUCUGAACAAAUUACAAAUGCUUUUGGACAUGUAUCAGUUCAUUUAUCAUGUAUCAGUUGCUUCCAUACAAUUCUCUGCUGUUUUAUAACAUUAUCAUUUGCUUAUGUCAUGUCAGGCCAAAUUAACUACUUACGGAUGCUGAAUAGUUGUUCCCAAUAAAACUAAUAGUCUUCAUUUCUCGAGUGCUCGAGUCUACUGUAGGCCUACAUAUUAAAUUGUUGAACUACUUAUCAAAUUCUGUCACAAUAGCCUACUGUAGAAUUGCAAAGAGCAUAGCCUACAGUAAAACUGUGAAACGUGUGUGUCUUGUAGGCUACUCACAUCCAGUUACAGCAAUGUUUAACUUUACUGUAGUUUUCAAAUGGCUGUGAGUAGGCUCGUGUAGGCUGUCUUGGGCAUUUGCAGGUAUUCUCACCUGUUCUGACCUUUUGUUGCAUUGGACAACACUGAGAGAAUAAACUGUCAUCAUGAAAACUUGACAAAGCCAUUUGACAAAGCCACGACAUGUGUCGUUCAUUAACGAUGUCAAGACUUCCCAUUUUGAUGACAUUGGAAGUUUCAUUGACAUGAAUAGGCUAGGCU